CACAGCAGGGAGGAAUAAUCCUCUGAGAGAAAUUUCAGCAUCGUACUUCCUUCUGCCGCGCAGGGGAUCAUCCCCGGGCAACCUGGAGCUCUCUUCCGCGAUACCCACCUCUGCCGAAUCCUCUUCAAGGUGCAAUUCCCAUCCUAUAAAUAAAUAAAUAUAAAUCCGAGCUCUUCCUGCGCCAAGCCAGAUACCCAGAGAACAAAACAAAGAAGCAAGCAAGCAAACAAACAAACAAACAGAGAUCCAGCGCAAAGAUGUCGUUGCACAGCCGCAAGUUCUCGAUGAACCGCCAGACCGGCGUCCCAAGAGAGUCGACCAAGUUGGGCAGAAGAUUUAGCACGCAUGAGCCCAGUGCGAAUGAAACGAGCUCCAAGAUCCAUACGCAAUUCCGCAACGCUCACGAAGGCCACAAGUCGCACGCGGGGCUCGACCCCACGCGCGCCUCGACAGGUGUUGUCUGGUGCACAGAACGAGCCUACGAGCACGGCUUCCUAGAAGAACCAGAGCGAUGGGCGAACCUGGGCCAGGGCGCGCCCGAGGUCGAGGACGGUAUCGAGGGCUCCUUCGACCGCCCCAGCGAGAUCAACAUCUCGAUGACGGGGCGUGAGUAUGGGCCGACGGCGGGCAUCAAGAGCCUGCGCGCUGCGGUCGCGAAUCUGUAUAACGUGCAUCAUAGACAGGGCAAGGAGAGCCAGUACACAUACGAGAAUGUGUGCAUCGUGCCUGGGGGAAGGGCAGGCCUGAUCAGAAUCGCGGCCGUGUUGAACAAUGCGUACUUGGGCUUCUUCAUCCCGGAUUACACAGCUUAUAAUGAGAUGUUGUCCCUCUUCAAGAAUAUCGCUGAUGAGAUCGCGCGCGGCACCUCGGUGAUCCUGACAUCCAACCCGCGUAACCCCACAGGAAGGGUCGUCAAGAACCCAGAGUUGGCGGAGAUCCAAGAUAUCUGCAGGAACAAGGCGACACUUGUUAUGGAUGAGUUCUAUGGGGGUUACAACUACACGAGCAACUGUGACGGUACCACCAUUAGCGCGGCGGAGAAUGUCGUCGAUGUGGAUGAGGACGACGUGUUGAUUAUUGAUGGUCUCACGAAGCGGUUCAGAUUGCCGGGUUGGAGAAUUGCGUGGAUUGUUGGCCCGAAGGAAUUCAUCAAAGCCAUUGGGUCUUGUGGUUCCUAUCUUGAUGGUGGGGCUAAUGUACCCUUCCAAGAGGCUGCUGUCGCCAUGCUCGAACCGCAGAGAGUGCGUAACGAGAUGAUAGCUCUGCAGCGCCAUUUCAAGGACAAACGUGACUACGUCGUCUCCCGUCUCCGCGAGAUGGGUUUCAUCAUUAGGACUGUUCCUGACUCGACCUUCUACCUGUGGCUGGACCUCGAGGGACUGCCACCCGCCAUAUCUGACGGGCUGAACUUCUUCCAGGCUUGUCUCGAGGAACGCGUGAUCGUCGUGCCGGGUAUCUUCUUCGAUCUGAACCCGAGUAAGAGACGUGAUCUUUUCGAUAGUCCUUGCCAUCACUUCGUGCGGUUUAGCUAUGGCCCCAAGAUGGAGACGCUGAAGAUGGGACUGGAUGGUAUCGAGAGGGUUGUUAAGAAGUACAAGCAUGGUUCUACAUUGCAGCAGGAGCCUUAGAUCGAGGCGUGCCGGUAAUUUAGACUUGGACGAGUAGUGAUAGGAGAAUUUGGUGUCCUGUAGAGCAGUCAUCUAUCUCUUCUACGCAUGCCUUUUACGCCUCCGGCAUGACAAGUUCCGGGCGCAUACAUUUUCUGAUUUUUACUUCCCUCCUUUCUACUUGUAGGCUGAGU